GCAGCCAACAAUUAUUGGCAAAAACAACAUUUCAAAAUAUUUUUAAAGCGUCUUUUUAAUCAAAUUAUGUUUUUAUAAGUUUUAAAUAAAUUAAUAAUAAUAAUAAUAUAAUCAAGCAAUUAAUAUAAUAAAAAUGGAUUCAAAAAAACGCAGGAGCACGCUACGAAAAUCCAUAUCAACUGAUGUUGAUAUCAUUAAAACUCAGAUAAAGAGACGUAUUAGUUUUAGUGGUAAAAAUUCAGUAAGGGUAUUUCAUGGCGAAGAAGAACCAAAAACAUGGAACAAUUCGUAUGAAAUUUCGGAUCAUUUAAAUGGAAACGAAACUGCAUCAAAUUUAGGUGCACCUAUUAAAAAUGAAAUACCACGAAGCGCUUUAAAAAAUAAACACAAUAAUAAGGAAAAUGUUGGUCAAUCUAAUACGCAACAGGAGAUGCAAAUGGAAUUAAGUUACCAUCAGAAGAAUAUGUCUGUUAGCAACAAUCAAUCAAUUUUUAGUACAACUAAAGAUUUGAUAAAUAAUUCAUAUCAACAUCAAAAUAGUAAAAAGUUUCACAUUGAGAAUAGCGUCGAUAUCACACUCAACGAAAGUGAAAUACAAAAUUUUAAAAAUGAACAAAACAAAGAUCGGGAACAUACAACAAAUAAUUUGUUCAGUUUUUCAUUGAAUGAUAAUGAAAAGGAAGCGCGAUCAAUUAUAUUUGCUGAUAGAACAGUUGACUAUAUGAGCGAAUUAAGAGUAGAUUCGUCAAAUAUCAGAGAUGAUACAAAAACAAACAAUUUAAAGGAUGGCAAAUGCGUUACAGAUUUCAGUGAAUAUAUGGAUGAGGACCAAUAUGUUGAUGUUACAUGUACCACAGUUAAAAGUUCUAAGGAGCCAAUAACAAUUUAUAUGAACGAUUCCCUGUCAAUGUCAGGCAAUGAGAAGACAAUAAAAAAUAAUAGAAGAACAAUACAACAAGCAACAGCAAUGAAUCUUUCCCCCAAUAUGGCCAUACAGUAUGACAAAGAGAAUAUAAAUCCAACAUCACUACCAAAUGUGAACGGAACUCAAAAUGAAACUUGCGAAAUGGAAAUUAACGAUGAACUCAAAAUACCAUCGCAAACAAAUGAUGUAAAUGUUCAAAAAGAAACGCUUGCAUUUCAAGAAAAACUAAAUCGUUUGUCUUUUUUACAAGAUUCUGAUGAUAAUAUGAAUAUCGAUAAUAGUUUAGAAAACCGUAUUGCAGAGCCAAAUAUUAAAGCGAGGUCAACUAUCAACUUUAAUGAAGCUAUGGAAAUGUCUCCAAAAGAGACAUUAGUCAAAAAUAAAAAAAAUUCUCGUGAAACAAUUAAUUGUAAUCAACCUAUUGAAAUAUCACCACAAAAAGGCAAAAGUGAAAGUUCUCAAAUUAUAAUACCGAUUAAAAAAGUAAACCUACGACAGAGUAUUAACUUUAAUAAAACUAUUGAAUUUUCUCCGAAGAAUGUUGAUGUAAAAACAGGGUAUAAUUUUUUCCCUAAAGAUAAGUCUCGGCAAACUUUAAAUUUUAACCAGUCGAUGGAAAUUGAUUCCAAAAAUGCAAUUGUUGCAGAAAGCAAUAAUCAACAGGGAACUAUACCCAAAGUAAGAUCUCGUCCUACUAUAAAUUUCCAUCAACCCAUUGAAACCAGUCCACCCAAAGUGAAAACCAAUUUGCCAAGACAAACGAUUAAUUUUAAUGAAGAUAUUUCUGAUUCUCCCGUAAAGCUAACACAAAAACCUGUUACGACCAAUAACUUGAAUGUUCCAGAAAGUAUUCGUAAACCUGGUCAGUUACCAAAGUUAGUUGUUCGGAAAAUAUGCACACCACUUGUAAAUAAAAAUAAAAAUCCAAUCGACUUGGAGCAACAAAGAAUGUUGCGAUACAAAAAGAAACAAGAACAAAAUGUAGCGUCUGGUUACGCUGAAAAUGUGGCUGCUGUUGGAAUAGAAAAAGGAAAAGGGUCAAAUGCAGAGAAGUCCUUAAACUUUUCGUUGAGUAGUGUAAAAAAUAUGUCUUUGUCGCCUGAAUCGUCGUCUCCCUUAAUUCCAUCCGAAUUUAAAGCUUUAAACUUUAAGCAGUUAAAUGACGAACUUGAACGUGGUAAAAUAAACGUUUUUGCAAAUGCACCAAAAACUCCCAGUACUGAUCGUAAGAACCGAAAUAUCGCAUCUAACUUUUCUUCAAAGCAUUUUCAGUCAUCUUCUCAACCAUUAACCAAACAAAGGAGAACUCUUGUUUUUGAUGAUGUAGAUAUACCGACAUCGUCUGACGACACCUUGAAUAAGGACCAAAAAACUGCAAAAUCAAAUAAUUUUUUCGAUUUUAAUUGUACUCAAGAUGGCAUUUCACAAAACAAGAAAAAUAAUGCUAAGUGUCGUUACUCACAAGCCGAUGAUAUAAUGCUGGAUAAUACUAGUUUCCUAACGAGAGCCAAAUUGAGCGAUGAGACUAUAUGUCGGAGCACUUCAAAGAGGGAAGUAACGCAACUAAAUGGCAUCAUGGACUUAUUUGAUGAAUCAUUAAGGGAUGCCGCGAGUAAACUUGACGGAGGUUUAUUAGGUUCAUGUGUGAAGGCUAAAAAAUCAUGCAAUAAAGAAAAUGAUACGCUUAGUUCUAUGUUUCAAAAUGCCAAACCAAUAUUUACACAAGCAAUUACAAAUAUUAAAGAAUGUAAUAACUAUAUAGAUGCCUACGAUAUAAUGGACAUAUCAACUGCAGUAGAUUAUUCUAAAUUUAAAAAACAAGAAAAUAAAUAUGACAGCAGUUUUCACAAUCCGCGCCAGACUAUACUUUUAAAUCAAAACAUUGAACCUUGUGAGGUAUAUACUAGUAACUAUAUCAACAAUAGGGACUCAAAUGAAAUUCGUGUUAUGAAAAGUGAUAGAAAUGCUCAGGCAGGUAUUUGUUCAAAUACCCAAUUGGAAAUUGAUGACCAAUAUGGCAUUGAUAUUGAAAAAUCACAACAAAAAUCAGUUGAGAAAAUUAACAAAAUAGAACACCUAAAUGAAGAUGGAGCCCCAAGUCAAAAAAACAAAAAUGAAUCGAUUCAUAAGGAGGAAAAUAUCGAAGUUGAAAAUGAUGGUAAUUUUUCUUAUAAUUCAAAGCCAAUAAGGAAAACAUUGCAUUUCAAUAAUGAAUUUUGUGAACUGGAUGUAUCGAUAGCACAACAGCAAUUGGACAAAGGAUUAACUAAUACUGUAGAUACAGGCUUAAAUGAUGAAAAUAAUAUUCACUUAGAAACAACAAAUAAGGAUGAAGCAGAUAUGAAUACUAGACAAAUUCAUAAUUUAGUCGAAAAAUGUACAAUACAAACAAUAUAUCUUAACAAUGAUAUCGAUGUAUCAUUCAACUCUGAAGCCAAAGAAAAUACCAAUAUGGAAAAAUCUACCAAAUCCACUAACGUUAAUGAUGAUUUUAAAGAUUUUCAUCUUAAUGUGGAUGUUAAAGACGAAAAUAUAAACACACAAUGUACUGAUACCAUUAGCAGUAAAAGACAAACAUUGUACCCAAACGAUUAUAUCGGAGACGAAAUAUUAUUCGACCAUGAAAAAAAAACUAUUAUUCCGCAAAAUAAUCAAAACGUAUCAGAAGAAAGUAAAAUCCCCCGAAGAAAUACCAUAUACUUCGACAAUGAUAAUAUAAUUGAAGAUAAUCAAACAACAUCAAAAGAAUGUGAUAAAUCUGAAAUCGAUAAAAAUGGUAUAACUUUAAUGUACAAUUCGGAGAUUAACUUUGAUGAAACUCUUGAAAACCCAGCCCCAUCAUUAGCAUCAAUUCAAAUGCUGGAAAUCACUAAAACCGACAGUUUAAAAUCAACGAGAAAAACCUUGUAUUUCAACAAUGAAAUUCAGGUUGAAAAGGAUGCGUUGAGAACUAAGAAUAAUAUUGAUGCUGAAAAUGCUGAUGUAGGCUCUUUUAAUUCGAAAUCUUUGGUGACAACUCUGUACUUCAAUAAUGAAAUUCCGAUUGAAAACCCGAUUCAAAAUAUUGAUGUUGAAAUAGUUGAUACAGGUGUUUUUAAUUCCAAACCAUUGAGAAAGACGGCUUUUUUCAAUAGUGAAAUUCCAACAGAAAAUGAACAAAUUGAAAGCGUAAACCAUUAUGGAACAGAAAUAAUUAAAACUGGUAUUUGCGAUUCAAAUUCUGCGAAAAAUUUUUAUUUCGAUAAUGGAAUUUCUGUCGAAAAUGUUUCGAUUAAAAAUAUUGAAGUUUGCGAAUUGGAUCAAUCCAAAUCACAAACGACAGAUCAGCUGUUGUGUAAUCGUGUAUCUCAGUCUCGAAAAAGCAUACAUAUAUCACAAGAUAUGGAUGUAACGCUCAACGAAGUAAUAACAAAAGUUAAAGACAAAUCAGAUUUUUGCUGUCCAGAGCAGGGUAAGAUGAUGGAUACAAUAUAUAGCAAUAAUGUCAAUGAGAAUAAACAAGUGGUGCCUCGUAGAAAAAGUGUUUAUACAACUGAGAAUAUGGAUUUAACUUUUGACACAGAUGAACAAGAAAAAAAUGGAAUUGUAACCGAACCACAAGUGCCCAGCAAAGAUAAUCGUAUGAUGGAUUUGAAUUUAGAUAUUGACCAGCAGAUUAAAAAUACAUCUGAAUUUGCUAAAGAUGAUAAAAUAAGUGAUUUUAAAGACAAUAAUGAAAAGUCCUCCUUUGAUCGCUGUCCAAGGCAGGAUAAGCUGAUGGAUUUUACUUUGGAUGCAAUAAGUAGCAAUAAUGACAAUGAGAAUAAACAACAAGUGGUGCCUCGUAGAAAAAGUAUUUAUACAGCUGAGCAUAUGGAUUUGACAUUUGACGGAGAUGAACAAGAAACAAAUUUACUUGUAACUGAACAACAAGUGCCGAGCGGAGAUAACCGUAUGAUGGAUUUAGAUGUUGACCAGCAGAUUGAAAAUACAUCUGAAUAUGCUAAAGAUGAUCAAAUCAGUGAUUUUAAAGACAAAUAUGAUAUGUCAAUCGAUCAAUCAUUUACGCCCGCAGAAAAUUAUCAAUUUCCAGAGCCUGGCGAACCAUUGAAUGCGGCCAAAAUGGUGUUGGCACGGCAUACCAAGUCAAAUUCCAUGACUAGUAAAUCGAAAUCAACGAACACGCAAGAAAAUGCUCCAAUGACACCUGUGAACUUUACUGGUAGUAAUUCUAAUAAUCGCCUGAUUUAUAUGACACCUCGUCUAUCUCUUUUGGAAUUUACAGCUGAGGAAAGAAAAGCCAAAGAAGAGGAACGUUUACAGAAUAUGAAAUAUAUUAGCCCGCUUCGAAAUGAAGGCACUAAUAAACGUUUACCCGUCAAUUUAACGCCAGUACUUUCAAUUCCAAAAAAGAGGCAAACAUUGGUUUUUGACGAUUGUCAAAUAGAUGAAUCGAGCACAUCCCCACAAACUGAAAAAAAUAUUGGAAAACUUGUAAGCCCUAAAGUUCUAGAUUACGAAAUGGAGAUGGUUAAGGAGCAGGAGCCAUUCCGCCUAAGUAGGUGCGGAACUUAUAACCAAGUAAUUGAAAUGUCCGGUAUUGUUUCAAAUGAAUCUGUAUUACACACUCCACCAUCGAAACAAAAAAAAUCGUGUAUUCCAAUACCGAUUAGUAGUGGAAAGAAAUCGUAUAAAUCCUUAGUUGAAACAACCUCCGAUAAUAAUAGAGAAGGAGAAGAUCAAAUCAACAUGGAAGGCGAUAAUCUUGCGGAGAGUAUUCAAUUUAUGCGUAGGGCUACAACGUUUACACAAAGGAGAGACACGACCAUCGGUCCAAUUGAUUUGGAUAUUGAAAAUGAGGCUGCAAGAAAGCCUUCUAUAUUUGAAGGAAAUCCCAUUACUAUUUCUGAUGUUUCGGUCUUCUUUGAAGUUCAAAGGAAAAGCAACAGUCUUAUUCCACAAACUGAGAACAAUUUAGCUGUGGAACAAAAUGAUGUUAACGGCCUCAAGGCUAUAGAAAGAAUGAAAAAGAGUUUGGAGAAUCAUCAUUUAAAUCUUACUUUAGAAGAUAUAGAGCAAACACGUUUAAGUCUUGUACGGAUAUCUUACGAAGAACAAGAAGACACGACUCCACCGUGUGAUGAUGUUGUUACUGAGAAUGUUGAAAACAAUUUAGAUUGGAAAAAUAGGCGCCAAAGUGUGAAUUAUUUACGUAAUACCUCCGCUGUAUGUCGAAAAUGUAAACGUUGUCAGGAGACGGUUUUAAAUGAAACUACUUCAAGUACAUACGAUUCGUUUGUAUUGCCUCCAUUACCGCCCCUUCCCGAUUUAGGGCUAGAUCGUUUAAGACGUUUACGCAAACGACCUAUUAUAUCGGAUGUAAAUAUUAUGUGGCAGCGCGUCAGCUUAGAUCGAACAAUAAUCAAUCCUUUCAAUAUUUCCGACGAUGAGAGCCAAAUUAUUUCCGAUCUAGAUGACGAAACGGAAGAGGAGUCUAGUGCAGUUGCAAAAUGUAUUCGAAAUUAUAAAAAUGAUUUAUUAAGUUUCGAAACUGACCUCCUGAUGCAACAACAAAACAAAACUUGCAAAGAUAAACUGCCAUUUGUUUUAAGAUUGGAUGCCCUUUUAAGUGCAAACUCAACUAAUUGGAUAUUCGACUUUCAAAUGCAGUCUCGUGGCAUAUUACUAUUCACUCAUAAACAAUUGUUCACGUUUGCAAUAUCAUUGCAAUUUGAUGAAAUAGAUUUAUUUGGGAACGACAUCAAUGUAAAAUGUGUGAAACUAGAAAAAGGACACGUAUUGGAAAAGAAUUGGAAAGCAAUUGAUUUUGUUUUAGAUUUUCAAUUAAAAUUGAAUUUACCUUUUGAUCUUCAGUCGUUGUGUGAAGGCAGCAAUGAAGGUGAUGUAUUCAAAAUGCUGCAAGCAAUCGAUCGAGUAUGUUUGGAUACUAUACAAAUGGGAAAUUAUUUGCAGCGAAUAACUUUUACGAAUCAAGCAUCGAUUAUAAGAGAUGAAUUGCGAACGUACGUACGUAAAAUUAUUCGUAAAAUUGUCAAGAGAACUGAUAAUGAUUUCAGAUAUGUGGAGAAAACUGAAUUUAAAGUGGAAUUGCUUAAUCUGAAGAAGCUGAGCUUCAAAAAUAUUAUUUCCCCAUCACUUCAUAAUUUUCGAGAAGAAAUUCAUUUACUGCCAACUGGCUUGCAGUUUUUAGAAGAAUUUCUACCGAACCCUUUGAAUUACAUCAAUCAGCAUUAGCAUUUAAUUCAUUUCAAUGUAAUUUUAUUUAUUAUAUUUAGUUACUAAUUUUAUUUUAACCACUAAAAGCUAAUUAAUCUAAAAUGUUGUUUAUAUUAACCCCUUUUUCACAUAUGUAGUAUAUGUUUGUUUUAAUAAAUUCACAAUAUUACA